AUGUUCUUUUCGGCCCCCGUCACACCUCGCACCAGCCAUCCAACCAGCCGUUGCGGUAGCCCCACCAGUACUCACCUGAGUGACUACGAGCGUUACCCCAUCAUUGCCGACUCGCUAACCGGCCUACCGGCACCUUCGGCGCGCACGCCAAAGCUGUCGCGCAGCAGCCGCUCGUCUCCUGCCUUCACCGUUGACAUGUUGAACAAAGCUGCACGAAUGGUGACCAUGACCAAGCAGCUGCGAGCCGUCGAGCAAGCUCGCGCUGUGGAUGCUCUGCCCACGGCCGCUCUCACCGAGUUGGCAAGAACGUUUUCUUGGACCCCGACCGACAACUCCUCUGGCGCCCUCCCGCCCGUUGUCCCUGCCAUCAUGCAAGGGCUGGUUGACUGCAAAUUGUGGAAUCGCUGUACCCCCGAGGCCCCACGUCACGCCUCUGACGAUGAGCUGCAGCUGGUUCAUACCGCGGAAUAUGUUCGUCAUUACGGCUCGCUGUCCACACCCGCCCCGCAAGCCACCAUCAACGGCUUUGCCGGCGAUGACCGCGUUUACAUUAGCUCCAAUUACAGCGAAACGGCCGCUUCCACCCGCUGUGCCGCUGCCGCCGUUAUCGACGCCACCCGUUUGGUUGCCGAGGGGCGUGCGAAGAAUGCAGUCGUGCUGGCCCAGCCGGCUGGUCGGCUCGUGGGACAAUCUGGCCCGCCUAGGGGUUUGGGUGUCUUCAAUAACAUUGCCAUUGCCGCGCGUCACGCGCUGCAGACCCAGACAGCCCAGCGGAUUGCCAUCUUGGAUUGGGGUCGUGAACGAGCCGCUCCAUUGACGCAACUUUUUGCCUCAGAUCCGCGGGUCGUGGUCGCCAGCAUCUUCCGCCAUGAUCGGCGUGGUGUGGCUGACGCCACGGCUGCCACCACCUACACGGGUCUGACCAACAACAUUGUUAACGUGCCCCUGCCACAGGAUGUCCGUGUCUCAGAUGCCGACUAUCUCGCCGCGUUUCGCUCGGCUGUGGUCCCCAUCCUCAGCGAACGGUGUCCCUCUGCCGGAUACGCACAUCUUACACAAUCCCUCAUGGGAGUUUCGCAUGGGCGCAUCGUUUUGGUUUUGGAGGAUACCCCGCCGACGACUCUCUCUGAAAGCAUCGCCGGCUUGGAGGGUUGCCUGCAUGCCCUGCUGGGCGAUGAUUUGUCUGCCUUGCCAUAUCCUGACGUGUCUCCAAAUGAAGCGACAGUGGCGGUUCUGGAGCAGCUGUGGAUGGUGCAUCGGCGUGCCUACGGCACGCUAGAGACAACGGCGGCCUACCGUCACUUUUCCCCCCAAGAAUACAUGACCAUGCAACGUCAGCGCGAGGAUGAGGAGUUGGACGCCACGGUGGCACUGGCGUCACUUUCCAUGAUGGCUGUACCGGAGAUGCCCAGUGAAGAGGCUGAGGAGGAAGCGCGGGCAGCGUCCUCAGACGUCACCAGCGGCUCGGAUGGCCAAUACAUGGUGUGA